GUUGAAUAGACACUUGUCGCGUAUAUCGGCGUAUCCUGGCGUACCCUGGCGUACCUCCACGGACAUAUAACGGAGGUUGAUCAGGUCGAUCGAUUGUCUUUGCAUUUGGGGUAAUUCAGAUUCUAGGCAGAGGUUCCACCGUUACACCCAUACAGAAGAUGUCCACCAUACAAGUUGUCAAGGCCAGCGAUGCACCCACUCCUGUAUCCCAUUUCUCCCAAGCACGGAUUUGGAAUGGAGUGGUGUAUUGUUCAGGUGACCUAGGACUUGAUCCAAAAACCAAUCAACUGGUGGAUGGCACGACAACGGAACGAACAGUACAGGCUAUUCGAAACUUGUCCACUAUCCUGGAAGCUGCAGGAUCCUCAUUGAAGCAUGUCAUCAAAGUCAACGUGUACCUUACCACAAUGGAUAACUUUGCAGCCAUGAAUCAAGGUUAUGCUCAAUGCUUUGAGCAGCCAUUCCCAUCUCGAACUUGCGUCAAUGUUGUGGCACUUCCACUCGGCGGAGAUGUCGAGAUUGAAUGCAUCGCUGCCCUGGCAUAGGCGUGACUCAAAAUACAGAGAAAGACACCUGCGGGCUCGACUCUC